UAAGAAACAAACAGCCAAAAAUAAUAAAAUAAUUCAUGACUAAGGUGGUAAUAAAAAGGGGUGGGCAGUGGAGAUUGUUGCAAGUGUUUAUGUCAAAAGCAAUCUCUAAGAAAGAUUCUGAAACCAUGUCUCUUGCUGGAAAGCUUGUGAGUGAAUUAGAAUUAAAUGCAUCUGCAGAGAAAUACUACAAAGUCUUCAAAGAUAAAGUUUCUCAUAUUCCCAAUAUUUGCCCAAACAUCUUCAAUAAGGUUGAAGUUCAUGAAGGUGAUUGGGACAAUCAUGGCCAUGGCUCCAUCAAAAUAUGGAAUUACACCAUUGAUGGCAAGCCUGAAGUCUUCAAAGAACAAGUUGAGUUCGAUGACGAGAAGUUGGCAGUAAUUUUGAUUGGAUUGGAAGGAGAUGUGUUCGAACAUUACAAAAUCUUCAAGGGAACAUAUCAAGUUGUGCCAAAAGAUUCCGAACAUUGUUUGGCAAUUUUAACCUUAGAAUAUGAAAAAAUUAAAGAUGAUUCUCCAUAUCCAUACAAGUACCUUGAUCUCAUGAAUAGACUCACUAAAGACAUCGAAGCCCACCUUAAGUAAAAAGUCUUUUAUGCCCAAAUCGAGCUUUCAUCACUCUCUGCCCUAUUUCCAUCACUUUUUCUUUUGAAGUCAUGUGUCAAGCUUGAGUUGUGUGUCUUUUCUUACUUAUUAUUAUGCUUCUCUAUGCUUAUUGAAGUGAAUAAUGGUUAUGGUCCCCCAUAAAGGUGAUGAAGCUGGAUUAUUAUGUUU